UCUUUAAGCUCACGAAGUGUGGCAGACAAGUGAUAAGCCACACGUUUACAGGUGAAUUGAAUGCUGUUGGGACAAUCGUUCUGCUCAUAUUCGACUACAUAAGAUGUCUUCACUCCUCAAGGUGGAUAGUGAAAUUAAAACCAAGGUCGCUGCUUUCAAGGAACGUAUCACCGCAGAAGCAGAGGAUCUAGUCGCCAAUUUUUUCCCAAAGAAGUUACUGGAACUUGACCAUUUCCUCAAGGAUCCAAGCAUAAACAUCACUGAACUGAAGGAAAUUCACUCAGACAUAAAUCUGCCAGUGCCAGAUCCCAUCUUGUUCUCAAAUCUCCACGACGGACUAGAAGCGCAAAAUGCCAAAAAGAGGAAGCUGGAGGAUGGAAGUGCGGAUGACAUGGUGACUGGCACCAAGGUCUUUGUCAUGCCUGAUGGGAUGAUGAAGAGCAAUGCAAACCUUGUUGAUCUUAUUGAAAAGGUCAAGCCCGAGAUCAGGACACUCAUAGAAAAAUGUAACACAGUUAAAAUGUGGGUUCAGCUCCUCAUCCCCAGGAUAGAGGAUGGGAACAACUUUGGGGUGUCAAUCCAGGAGGAGACAGUAGCUGAACUCAGAACAGUUGAAGGGGAGGCUGCAUCUUACCUCGACCAGAUAUCAAGAUACUACAUCACAAGGGCAAAGCUGGUUUCUAAAAUAGCAAAAUAUCCACACGUGGAGGACUAUCGGCGCACAGUAACCGAGAUUGACGAGAAGGAAUACAUCAGUCUGAAAAUCAUCGUUUCGGAGCUCAGAAAUCAAUACGUAACGUUACAUGACAUGAUCCUGAAGAACAUCGAGAAGAUCAAGAGGCCUCGAAGCAGUAAUGCUGACGCUUUGUACUGAUGUUCAUCCAGCUGUCUCAGCAUCCACCCACCCACCCCACGCCGUCUGCCCCCUCGUCUCUUCACCAUGCCUGUUGAGCUACAGUAGCCGGGCCCUGGUCCGCAGGACUACAGCUAGACAUUCACCUUCUCCAAUACAAUCAAGACAGCCCAAUACAAAGACAUAGCUUCUAUAGAUGGACACAUGUUUUGUUUUGUUUGUUUUAAUUGUAAAAUAUUGUUUUUAAACCGUUUGAAGAGUAUUCACUCAGAAAAUGGGGAGACAGAUCAUAAGCCCUUUUCAGACGUGCGCCAGAUAUCAUUGCUAUUAAACUGAUGGCAGUCUGUCAUGCACUCAUCAAUUUUAUGUUAAUGUUCCUCAUGUUUGUUCGUAAUUUGCAGAGAAGUUCUUGUGUGCAUGCAAUAUGUGGCAGCUAGUAUUAUCCGUAUAAGCGGUGAAGUGUCACCACACUUGCAUCUCUUUCUGAGUGCAGGGCCUCUCUGUGUAUGUGCAAGGAGCUGUACCCCGUCAUUCCCACUCGGGCUUGGAAAGGAUAAAACUUUUUCCUGGUUUAGUAAUCCCAGAAGAAUGAUUUAAGUGGUGCCGAUGAGAUAAAAUACUAUUAAAAUGGUCUUGUUGCCGUUCAGGACCUGCGCAUGCCAUUCUGCUACCGCAUGAAUUCAGGAUUUUGCAGAGUGAAUAAAAAUGUUAAGCAGUCUGGCUCGGUAAAGUUAAGAUGGCUGUUUAUUUGAAAAGUGCAUGUCUGAAAGGGGCUUCUGAUAUCAAAAAGCGCUUUGUAUUUUUUAAUUUUAAUUAAACAUUUUGUCCUCAGAUCCUCGUGAACGGCCUCAUUUGUAGCUCUUAAAUAUUCAGAGCAAAGUGGUUUGUCAUUAUUGCCCAUUUGUUGUUUUAAUUAUUUUGUCUUAUAUUGGACUCCUGCUGCAUCAUCAGUACAGUGGUUCAUAGGAAAUGCAAAACAUGCUGUUAAUUUGUUCUGCGAAUGUUACACAUUGCGACGUGUAGAUAUCACAAAAUAUGAAAACGAUGCAAGUUUUAAGUCGUGGGCUUAAAUGAUUUCAGUGAAAAUUCAUGAGUCAAAAGCUUCUUUUAUGUUGGAGCACUCAUUGUAUUGAAUAAAAGACUGUUUU